AUGCGCCGCCUGUUCUGCAAAAUCUGUCCCAUGACACCCUUAGCCCGCGAAAUGUGGCAUGGUCGUAGCCUUCCGUCCACUCGACCCCAACACCGACGGCGUGGGUUCGGUGAGGCCCGUCACCCAUCGGCACAACAGAACGAAGACAAUGUCGAGGUGUCGCGGAUAAAAUUUCACACAGUACCGGCGCUGCAGGUGGACAUGCGGGUGGAAUCUAAGAUUGAGUCGUUCUUGAGAUCCCAGCUGCAGGGGGAGGGGUCGUCGCCGUCAUUGUCAACGAAGCUGUUAUCUGUCCCCAGCGUUCGUGUGAUCAAUGUUCCCAGGUCCACCUUGAAGCGCGCCGUGUUGGACUUCCACGUGCGAGGAAGAUCGGUGCGGGCACUAGGGCAAUCGUGUCGCGCCAAAAAGGCUCGGGCGCUCUGUUGCAUGCAUGCAGCAAGGCUUAUUGACCACUUUUCACUGGACGAUGUGGACAGCAGUGCCGCACCUCCGCCUCUGGAGGAGGGCACCGAAUUAAAUGGUCGUAGUAAAUAUAUGAAAGGUGGGAUGAGCGUUCGACGACAGUCUUCCGCCACGCCUCCGCAACCAGAAGAAUAUGGGCGAUGGGAGGAGUAUGUGGACGAGAGCAAACGAUAUAUUGAAAAGCAAGAUGAAAAAAGACGAAAUGAGGCGUUUGAACAGCUGCGUAUCCCUCUUAGUGGGAACCCAUUAGUUGACAGAGCCGCUGUAAUGACAGAACUGGAGCAACAGACCAACCGGUUGGCACUUCAAAAGCUUAACAAUGAACUUCUGGGGGCUAGCAAGGAGGUGAACAUUCUUCGCAUGUCGAAUCAUGUCUUCGUCGCCACACUUAUAUUGGACAGCGCAACAAAUCUUGUUGCUACUGGUGUAGCUGCUAGUUUACAGGAGGCAAAGCAGCGUGUCGCGAUGCAUGCGCUUUAUAUUCUUAAGCUCGUGAGGGAGCAGCGACAGUCUUUUAUUGUGUGUGAAAACACAUCCGCUGCUGUGAGCUGUGGCAGUUGUGCCUCUUCUGGCUCCACGUCGUUGAGCCUCGUUCCACGCUACUCAAAGAUGCUGGAUUUUUUUACACUUCUCUUUGGUGUGGCCCCGAGUCCUACCUUCACGAAGGAGGGAGGCUCCUACAUUUGUCGUAUGCAAUUGGAUGGGGUCAUCUGCACAGGACGGGGCACUGACAGGUUUGAGGCUGAGCGCCAGGCUAUAGAAAACACCUUGGGAGAGAUGGAGUUGUAUGAUGAGCGGCUACAGGGCAUUAACAGCAUCAUUGCGCAGUACCCGAACAUUCAGCCACGGUGUGUGCCGACUGUCAAACUGCCGGAGGCGUUGAGAGAUGAAAUCCAUGCUUUUCUUCAGCGCUGUCAAACAGAACUUCACCUUCAAGAUGAUGCAGCUGCAGCGGGAAGCGAUGUUCACGACGGCACUCCUGGCAAGGUUUCAAUGGACGAUGUUGUAGAGGACGAGACCCGAACAACGAUCAAGGCCCUGGAGAAUGUCACACACGAUGAGGCCUAUGCGAGACGUCUACGCGAACGUUUGUGUGAAGUUAGGGCGAACACGAAAUAUCUUGAGCGGUUUCACCCGCGUCGCUCAAGCCUGGCGAUUGCGUCUGUGGAGCAACGUAUACUGGAGGCGAUGGACCAGCACCGUGUUGUUGUCGUUUGUGGGACGACUGGAUGUGGCAAAACAACCCAGGUUCCGCAGUACAUCCUCGAUAGGGAGAUUAUGGAGGGACGGGGUGACCGUUGUUGUAUCGUCGUGACUCAACCCCGUCGACUGAGUGCGUUUAGUAUUGCGGAUCGCAUUGCAAGUGAGCGCCUGGACGUGGUGGGGAAGGAUGUAGGGUAUGCCGUGCGGUUGGAUGCUCGGCCGGGGCGCCACAUCACGCUCUGCACCACUGGUGUGCUGCUUCAAAUGUUGUCCGGUAUGCCGUCACUAGACGCUGUGAGUCAUCUUGUCAUUGACGAGGUUCAUGAACGUGACAUCAACUGCGAUGUGGCACUGGCGCUUGUCAAGCAACUUCUGCUGCGCGGCCAAAACCCAAAAUUGAAAGUAAUUCUUAUGAGCGCUACGAUGCAGUCUGACAUGUUUGCAUCUUACUUUGGCGAGGUUCCUGUGAUCACCGUCGAGGGUGCGGUGUACCCGGUGAAGGAAUGCUACCUGGACCACGUGGCUCAGAUUUUCCAGCAAUCCCUUAUUCCUGGGUACUACAGCCCCAUGUUUGACUCCCUCAGCAACGUGGCCGCGUCACAACGUCGCACCACGCACCGCGGCAGGGGUGGGAAUCGAGGAAAAAAAUGGCAGCUCACAGUGCCGCUAAAGACAGACUAUACUCUUCUUGCACUUCUCAUUGAACGAAGUGUGUUGGUGGAUCUACACGGGGAUGUUGCAGGUAAAUCUGUACUUGUGUUUCUCCCAGGUUGGAAAGAGCUUUUAGCAGCAAAGCAGGCUCUUGAGGCUUUAAAGGGAGAGCAGCAAUAUCAUAUUAUUCUCUUACACUCCUCUGUAGACGCGCGAAAGCAGCGGGAGUGUUUUUUACCAGCGCCCGAAGGAUAUGUGAAGGUGGUACUCGCCACGAACAUUGCUGAAAGUGGCAUCACUAUUGAUGAUGCGGCGGUGGUGAUUGAUACCGGUCUCAUCAAGCAAACCUCGUGGGUGUCGCGUGUGCGGGAAAAGGAUCAGGAGCAACAUGCCUCUUCGUAUUCCACUCAACUUGCUUUACAGUAUGCAAGCCGUGCUAAUUGUACGCAACGCAAAGGUCGUGCUGGGCGCACGCAAGGCGGGAUUUGUUAUCGUCUCUUCGCGCGAGAGGUAUGGGAUGUGCUGCCUUCCUUUCAAGAGGCGGAAAUUCAUCGUGUCCCGCUCACACAAGUCCUGCUUACACUCUUGUCACUUGGACACACAAAUCCCAAAGAGACGCUUGAAGCGUUUAUUGAGCCGCCCUCAAAGAAAAAUGUUGAUGCCUCAAUGCGGCAACUGCAAAGUUUAGGGGCAGUGACGGCAGAUGAGAAGUUAACGCCGCUUGGGUUGUAUUUGUCGCGGCUGCCAUGUGACCCACGCAUUGGAAAGAUGGUUAUGAUGGGCGCCGUGUUGCGUUGUCUGGAUUCUGCUCUAACGAUGGCGGCAACGGCGGAUAUCAGUCCAUUUGUGUCUUCCCGCGAGGUCUCUUUUGAAGUGCGACAACGACGUCACCUCUUCUCAAUGGGAUCACAGAGCGACCACAUCUCUGUGUUGAAUGCUUACAAUGCCUUCUGUGGUCGCCAAGGAGAUGCUGCCUUUGCCAACGAAAACUAUCUUAACGGAAGUAGCAUGCGGAUUAUCUCCCGCUACAAGCAACAGUACCGUGAUAUCCUGCGUCGUUCAGGGUUUAUACGGGAUGGAGAGUCUAUCUCUAUUGAAACCCUUGACGAUGAUUUCAUCACAUCCAACGAUGGUGCAGCGGCACCGUUGCACGUUGACUCCGGUCCACUGUCACUUGAUGCCGCAGAUGUCACACUCGUUAAGGCCUGCCUCUGUGCAUCGCUCUUUCCUAACGUGGCCGUGCUUGAUCCCACCCCGUUGCUGCAAUCUUGUAAGAGAGUGAAGACGCUGGUGAUGCGUACUGCCACGCAUAGGAACAUAUCACCUUCAAAGGAUAGUGCGUGCCGCUGUCUUGGGCCUCCCCGUGCUAAUGGCGUUUUAACGUCAAAAGAGUUUUUUGCUGCCGAUGCAGGGCGCGGUGAGAAUGAUCCUGUCAUUCCUUCCAAAUUUUACAUGUACCAAGGCAUUUUUUGCGUGAAGGACUCUAAGGAAGAGUUUCUCACGCAAGUCUCUUCAGUCAGUCUGUGGGCACUGCUGCUCUUUGGCGUCGGUGAAGCGGACAUGCGGUUUGACCCUUUUUUGCAACUGUGCGUUGUCGGGGGUUGGAUAGGCAUGCACAUUGACACCAAGUCCUUUUCCACGCUGCAGGCACUCCGUUCCACCCUGCACACCUGUGUCUGGAGAAAGUACCAGAAACCGGAUGACGAGAAGAACAAUGAGGCACUUGAGGUUCUCAGACGCCUCUGCAAGGAGGUGUUAAAGUCACCACCAAAUGACAAAGAGCAGUACAUCAAUCGUCUUGUUGAUACGGGGCGUAUUCUCUCUCCGUCACGGCUUGAGCCACUCUCUACGGACCCCGAUGACGAUGGCAGUGCAUGGGAGUGA